GCUGCGUCUCUGUGUGUUCACAUAAUGCAGCCGUGCGGUGAUGGUCGAUAAACUGUCACAGGUGCUCGAGGCGUCGUCUUCAGAUUUCUUUUGUUCGAGCAGUUUACAGUGACGCUAAGCAGAGAGAGAAGUAUUGAAUGCUGCUUUUAGAAGCUGGAAGCAGAAGACACUUGUCACAUUUUCUUGAUAAAUGACUAAAGUGAUUUAAUCAGUUCGUGGUUGAUUAACACUAAUCUGUUAAACUUGCACAGAGCCUCUUUAAGCUUCACCAGCCAUCGAGUGCAGAGAAGAAUUAAACGUAUGUAUCAAUGGGGCCGGCCCGAUUACCAUUUACUGGGCUCAGGAGGUUCAGGGGUAAUUGACGGGCAACUAUUCAAACCCUUGGUUGGAGGACUGGGGCGAACUGGGUGCGCUGAUCGGCACCAGCAAAGACACGCGUCUUUCGGCUUUAUUAAACACAAAAGCAACACUGAUUUCCUCCAUAUUUACACAUAACUAGGUUUGUUUGUCUUUAUUUUCCCCCAACGCAAUGUGUGCCUCUGGAUGAUCAACAAACCAAGAGAACAGCACUGAGCAUGUGCAGAGUGCUGAGUGGCACUGAUAAUGACUGAACAGUGUAGAACAGGUAUACCUGUAUCCAGAGCGCUCAUGUGAUAUAUGAUCUGUUUCUGCAGUUUUAAAGAACGGUUCAAAUCAAGUCUUUUCAGGAGAGACAUAUACACUGUAAAAUGCAGUAUAUACUGAAACAGGAACUUCAGUGUCACCACAUUCUCGAUGACACCAGAUUAAAGCACGUUUAACGUUCUGCAACACAUUCGGCAUCCAAGAGUAAGAAAGCAUCGUUAUCCCAGAGCUCUAAAAACCCGGGGCACCUCGUAGAUAAUCCGCCAGAGCCGUUUACCGCGGGUGGUCAGCGAUAUCCAAAUCAUAAAGAUUGCAACGGUGAGUCAGAGACUUGGAAUAUGUAACGAAACAUAGAGAUGCAUGGACCGCUGAAUCAAAGCUCUGCUAAAGUGAGGAGGCGGCGUGCAUAAAGCACACAUGAUGUGUGCUGAAAAGGUGUUCUUUGAAUGCCAACAUAACAUUUGUUCAAUAAAUCAGAAACACCCGAUGGAAAACGAGCAUCAGAUCCAAUCCAAUGCAAGGUCCCCAGCACAAACACAGAAUGUUGCAUUUAGUCAUUCAAGAACUAAAUGCGUAAUUGUAGAGGCUUUAACAAGAUUUUUUUUUUUUUUACAGCAGUAACUGUAAAAGCUUCCCCUCACACCUUUGGCCACACCCUUUUUAUACCAAGAGUCAUUGGAGCCUUUAAAAAAUAAUCUGAGUUUAGAUUAGAAAAAAAAAAAACCCUCAAGAAUCCAGCAGGGUGGGCUGGAAAGAAGUGAAAGCAGCUCACUGAUGUUAUAUAAGCAUGUCAGUCCGUGUUAUCUGGUGCUUAUAAAGCAGUGGUAGUUUAUUGUUAUUAUCUCCUCCUGCCGCAGUCUGACAUUCAUGUGGAAUAAAUAUGUUGCCGUGGAUUUAAAACCGCAUUCAGAUGAUGCCCGAUCUUUACUUCAUACCAGCCUGCUGUUCAUCCACCAUCCGCUCCCAUAAUCCCCUUCUGCUGCUGCUCCCAGAGGAUCACUGUGUGUGUGUGUGUGGAUCAGAGGUUGGCACAUCCUGUCAGUAGAAGGUCAAACGUUUGAUCCCUGAACCAGCCAGUCGUGCCACAGUGCCUCAGACCAGGAGUUUCGGGAUGAAAAUUGCGCAACAGGAAGAAGAAGCAAGCAUACAGAAACCAGCCGUGAUGAAAUCAGUGACUAAAUGCACAUAAAUCCAGAUUUUCCCGUCUGACAGUAACAUGAUGAUCAUGUGACGUAGCUCGAGUUACACGGCAUGUUUGUGACUCAUAGCGUAGUCACGUUGUUUUCAUUUUUAACCCCGAACACCUGAUAAGUUACAAGGCUGUGUACACAAGGUGUGGACACACCGAUGAUAAACCACAUUGCACAGCUCCUGCUGCCUGUGAGGAGAGGUGUAGAGGCAACAUAGACCCGAAAACAUUUUAUCAUAACUGGAUUAUUUCAAGAGCUUCUUCUCGUAUUUGUUAAAUUGUUGUUUACUGUUCACACAGUUCAGUGAACAAAAGGCUUCCGAGCUUUAGCUGCUUUUGUUACAAAAGUCCUGCCCCCGUACUGCAUUUUGACGAACGUGUGCUUUGGUCAGGAAAUGACUUUCUUUAAAAAAAAAAAAAAAGGAAGGAAGGAAGAAAGAAAGAAAUCACGCAAGGCAACAAGCGGGGGAUGCCUCCAAAUCAAUGCAGUUACUUAACUUGCAUAAAUAAGUUUAAGCUCCGUCUUCUCUGGCUUUCAUUCGCAGCUUUUAGGGCAAAUGACUGGAGCCUCGUUUGGCACUAAAUUAAAUGUAAAUAUUGUGCCCAGAUUUUUUUUAUUGAAUCAAGAAGCACUUCUGAGUCAAACUGCAGGACUUCCAAAGAUUUACAGCGCCCAGCAAAUUCACACUGAACAUAUCCAGGUGGUGUCGGGAGGCAGAAAGAACCUGGCAACCCCUGAUUGUUGCAUUUGAAAAGAGAGGAUGUGUGCCUGCGUGCGCGGUAAUCUGGAUCAAACAAUGGUAGUGAAUGGAGUCAUUAGAGUAAUCCCCAUUGUGUUGGAAGGCAGGGGGACCACACACACACACACGCACACACACACACACACACACUCUGGACUGUCCAGAGAGCUCACGUCAACCAUGCACAUCCUACCCAUCUGAGAUCUGAAAACAUCAAAGGAGCUUUUGAUUUUCUGUGUUUGUGUGUGAUGUUUAAUUCAGGCCUGCUCUGGUAUGCGUGAACCUGAAGAGCUGAACAUUCAGGUUACUGCAUUUUGUGUAGGGAACACUCACCUGCGUGCACGCCCAGGUACAGCGGUGCGCACCUGCACGGAAACUUUUGCGAACUGGUUUCCAGUUUGGCUGCUGGCCAUCAGCUCCAUGCUGCCAUUUUUGUGGUUUGUAAUUGGUCUGAUGGACUUCGUGUGUAAUUACACAACACAUUACCGCAAUUAAAAAUGAUACCAGGGAUAAUUGUGCCUUUUAUGUAACACAAAGGACUUUAUGUUUCUGUCACAGUCACGCAGCUUCUCUUUAGAUGGAUCUCUUUAAGAAAACCAGUUCAGUAAUGACUUCACUGAAAUACUGUGCAGCAGCAGAGGGACAUCAGCGUAUCGCACAGGGCUAGAAAUCGUUUAAGUUUAUACACACUUAUAGUUUUGCAUAUACAGUGUUAGAGGUGCCGCAGUUCAUUGAUAAGUGGCUCAAUCAGUUAGGGAGUAUCCUGUUUGUUUUUUGUAAUCGUUUAACUUUAGGCUACUGUGAUGACGUUUCAAAAAUUUGACUGAACAAAGGUAUUCAAGUCACCUGGGGCUAUCUUCACGCUCGGCUGCGUCUGCCAGUAGUUUACAAAUAAUUUGUGUUAAAUUAUCAAGAUUAAAACGUUCAGGAUUAUGAUUGUUGUGUUGAUCGACAGUCACAGUCAAGUGUUGGACAUAUUAGCAGUGCAACACAAGUCCAAAUACUGUGGUGUAACAAGUCAGUCGUAAUUCUUUGUGUGACCCGCAGAAAAGUGGAAUCAAAGAAGCAGGGAUGAGGAGUCAUAAUCAGACUUCCCUUUGAUGCCCUUUUUUCUAGAUGCUACAUUUCAAUCGCAGCUGAAAAGGGUGGAUUAUGAAUCCGUGUGUGAAAAGUGGCAUGUUAAGGAAUAAACGUUGAACAAUGACAACAGAGAUGCAAGAAUGUUGUGUUCUUUAAGGUUUUCGUGACAUUUCGUCUUUCAUUCCUUCAUGCGUCUGCAGUCAGUGGGACAUGUGUAGAGGUACCAGGGCUGUUUGUUAUGGAGAUACAUGCAGUAUGAUGUGGAAGGACAGGCAGAGAGGCAGGAUGGUUGGAAAAUGCCAUUCUUUAGAUACGCCCACUCGUGCACUGGGAGCUCAUCCCUGCAGAUGCACCAGGGAGCACAGACAAGCUGAACAGCUCAAGUCACAGGAUCUUUAAAGUUUAACCGGCUCUGCAGAACAGCGCUAAGAGCGGUGUUUUCUGGCAGAGACAUGGCGGCGCCGAGGUGUGAAGCUUUGUUCUUUUUUGCUGCCUUCCUGCUGGUGUCUUGCAGCGCCUCACCCAGUGACAUCCUCUAUCAGGUUUUUGAGGAGCGACCGCCCAACACGAUGAUUGGCAGCCUGGCGACAGACCAGGGCCUGCCCAAUGCCGGUCAUCUCUAUAAGCUGGAGGUGGGUGCGCCGUACCUGAGGGUCGACGGCUCGACCGGUGACAUCUACACCACCGAGAUCCCCAUCGACCGUGAGACGCUGAGAGACUGCCGCAACCUGUUCGAGGGCGACAAAUGCUACCUGGAGUUCGAGGUGUCGAUCACUGACAUGGUGAAGGGUAUCGGCAAUGGGCCGCGGCUCAUUGAAGGUCGCAUCGAGGUCCUGGACAUAAAUGACAACACGCCGCAGUUCUCCUCGCCUAUCCUGACUCUGUCCAUUCCCGAGAACACGCACAUCGGCGCCCUCUUCUCCAUCCCCAUGGCCACUGACAGAGACUCGGGGAGCAACGGCGUGGCCGAUUACUCUCUGAGCAGUAGCACCGGAUUAAACGCUGACCAGCUCUUCAGCCUGCAGGUCGCCGUGGACGCGGAGGAGAAGCUACCGCAGCUGGUCGUGAUGGGCAACUUAGAUCGUGAGAUAAAGGACUCGUAUGACCUGAACAUUAGGGUACAGGAUGGCGGGAAGCCUUCGAGGGCCAGCAGCGCUCUGCUGAGAGUUACGGUGACCGACCAGAACGACUGCACUCCGAAGUUUGAGAAAAGUCACUACGAAGCUGACCUACCAGAAAACAGUCCACCGGGACACUCUGUACUGCAGGUCAAAGCCAACGACGCAGACACUGGCCUCAAUGGAGAGAUAGACUACAGCCUCCAUCAAGCAUCAGAAUCUGUCCAAAGGCUUUUGCGCAUUGACCGCGCAACAGGCAUUGUCUACGUCAAAGGUCUUGUGGACAGAGAAGAAGAAACCUUUCUCAAGUUCUUUGUGGUGGCAAGAGAUCGUGGACCCAAUUCCAAGAGUUCCAAGGUCCUUGUGACCGUACACGUCAAGGACCAAAAUGACAAUGCACCAGCCAUUGAGAUCCGUGGUAUUGGCUUGGUAACACAUCACGAUGGUGUGGCCAACAUUUCUGAGGACAUGCCUAUUGGUACACCAGUGGCACUGGUCCAGGUAUCAGACCGUGAUGAGGGGGAAAAUGCUGUGGUGACAUGUGUUGUUGCUGGUGAUGUUCCAUUUCAGCUUCGUCCCGCAAGUGAGUCAGCCAACGAUCGGAAGAGAAAAUACUUCCUGCAGACAACAACCCUGCUGGAUUAUGAGCGUAUUAAGGAUUACAGGAUUGAAAUAGUCGCUGUGGAUUCUGGAAACCCAGCUCUGUCCAGCACUAACGCUCUCAAAGUCCAGGUUACAGAUAUUAAUGAUAAUGCACCAAACUUUUCUCCUUCAACUGUUGAGGUGGACUUUGCAGAAGGCAACCAGCCAGGAGACAAAGUUCUAGACAUUGUGGCGACAGAUGCAGACAGCGGCACAAAUGCAGAGUUGUUCUAUACCAUCACUGAUUCAACAGCCAGAAGGCUCUUUAAAAUUAAUUCCAGCACUGGAGAAGUUCGUGUGAAUCACUCAUUGGAUCGGGAAGAUAAAGAGCGUUAUGAAUUCCGUGUAACUGCAGCAGACAAGGGAGUGCCUAGUAAAACCGGCACUGCCACGGUGGUGGUAAAUGUUCUAGAUUGCAAUGACAAUGACCCAAAGUUUACACUGAAUGGCUAUAGCUUCUCUGUCAUAGAGAACAUGCCUCCACUCAAUCCUGUUGGUGUAGUGACAGUCAAUGAUGCAGAUAAGGAUGAGAAUUCCCAAGUCAGGUUGUUUGUGGAACAGGACAAUGGCAUGUUUGUCAUCCAGAAUGGCACAGGAACCAUCCUGUCAAGCAUCUCCUUCGACCGUGAAAAGAAGAGCACCUACACAUUUCAACUAAAGGCUGUGGAUGGUGGUAACCCACCUCGAUCCUCCUAUGUGGGUGUGACCAUCAAUGUGUUGGAUGAAAAUGAUAAUGCCCCAUAUGUUACCAGGCCAUCUAACUCGUCCUUUGUACACCUACCGGUUGGGACCCGACCAAACACACACGUGGAGGUGGUAAAAGCUGAGGACAUUGAUGCUGGACUCAAUGCUGAGCUAGAGUAUACCAUCAUAGGUGGAAAUCCAUAUGAUCUGUUCCAAAUAUCUACCAAUGAUGGGGAAAUCACAGCAGCACAAGAAUUAACCCCGAAGUACAAUGGGCUACAUCGGCUGGUAGUGAAGGUUGUUGAUAAGGGCAAACCUCCUCGUAACACCAUUGCACUAGUUCAUGUUUUUGUAAAUGAAACAAAAUCAAAUGUCUCCCUCAUUGAAGCGCUGGUUGGACACAGCCUCUACACCCCUUUGGACAGGGACAUUGCCGGAGAUCCCAACUAUGCCUAUUCUCAGCAAAGCAAUAUUCUGUACGGCAGUCUUGCCGGUUUUGCUGUUGUCAUUUUAGUUAUAGUUGCCGUGGUCCUCAUCAGACGCUGGGUACAGAAGGAUACCAAGAGUGGUUACCAGGCCGGUAAGAAGGAGAGUAAGGACCUGUAUGCCCCAAAGCAGGGCCCUAAAAAUGGCAAAGGAAAAAAGAGCAAAAAGGGGAAGGCUCCAAAACCAGCUAAGACAGGAGAAGACGAUGAGGACGCCAGUCUACAAAAAGGCCUCAAAUUCAACUUAAUCAAUGAGAAUGUCAAUGACAGUCCCAGAAUCCACCUGCCCCUUAACUAUCCACCAGGGAGCCCUGAUCUGGGGCGCCACUACCGCUCCAACUCCCCGCUACCAUCCAUCCAGCUGCAGCCACAGUCACCGUCUGCCUCCAAGAAGCACCAGGCUGUUCAGGACCUCCCUGCCACCAAUACCUUCGUGGGGACGGGCGACAACAACUCUACUGGCUCCGACCAGUAUUCGGAUUACAGCUACAAGGCCAACCCACCCAAAUACAGCAACAAACAGCUGCCCCACCGUCGAGUGACCUUCUCUACGGCCAAUCAGGCGCAGGAUCUGCAGGACGCAUCCCAGCACAGCUAUUACGACAGCGGCUUGGAGGAGUCAGAGACCCCCAGCUCCAAGUCAUCGUCGGGGCCGCGGAUCGGGCCUCUGGCUCUGCCGGAGGACCACUACGAGCGGACCACACCUGAUGGCAGCAUUGGCGAGAUGGAGCACCCGGAGAACGAUCUCAGGCCUCUUCCCGACGUGGCAAUGACCGGUAAAUGCACCCGGGAGUGCACCGAGUUUGGCCACUCUGACUCCUGCUGGAUGCCCGGCCAGCCUUCUCCCAACCGCAAGGUAUCCAAGAAUGCCCCCAAGCUCUCCACCUUCGUGCCUUACCAAGAGAUGGACGGGCAGGAGCAGCUGAUGGCCAACGGCAGCCCCAAGCCCCUGCCGAUGGAGGAGCGUGGACCAGGUGGCGGCGGCGGUGGCAGCAGCUCCAAAGUGGCCAACAUGCGUUUCAUGACACCCUACAGCAGUGCCUACCCCAGUGGCGGAGAUUCAUCCAGUAAAGACUGUGGCAUGGAGGAGAUCCCGCUGAGCCAGGCGGUGGAGUACCACUCAGCUACCACUCCAACCGGCCAAACCUCCAAGAGGGAGAUCUACCUGUGAGGGCACAGCUCUCCACCUUAAAGCCCACACUCAUUGCCCAGCGCUCCCCACCGUGCCCUGUCGCUGCUCGCCACCACCUGUCGCGCCCCCUCACAGCUGCCCCCUGUGCCUAUAACUUGCUGUGCCACAGCACCUACUCCCCCUUUUACCUUUUUUAUAAAUGCAUCUACCUACAAGGCUUUAGCCCCCUCCACCUCUGCCCACAGACACCCCCACCCCCUGCAAAAACCAAUCACAUGUAAAAUAGAAGAAAUUCAAAAUCAAUUAAUGAAAAUGCGGCUUGAGCUGCUUUGGAAGGAAUGUAAACUACACCACAUUGUUGUGAUAAUUUAAAUGGGAAACUAUUUAGCUACUCACGUUUUUCAGCUGGAUUUUUUGUGUUGCUUUAGCUUUGUUGCUGUGUGGGACCAGAAAACGGAAAAAAAAAAUAAAAAACCUUCCGGGGGGUGAAGGGAAAUAACUUCUUGUAAAUCCUACUUAAGUAUACUGUGUAUUGCUAUCUAUCCUCAUUUUCUUUUUUUGGAUUUACUUUUCUUUUUAGUUUUUCUCUGUCACCUUCGAAGACACAGGGAAAUACUAAGUUUUUAAGCCAAGUUGCAUCAAAUCAACUGGCUUGUUUUUGUCAGGAGCAGCUCAUCGUUAACGUGAGACGUUUGUAGAAAGACAGCUGUUUUCCAAUCUCGAGCUAUUUAGGGUUUUUUUUCUUUAUUUUGCUGUGGAGAAGUCUUUUUUUCAUUGUACAGGCUGUAAAUAUUACAAACAGUGACAGUGGAAACUGCUGUGGCAGAGCGGAUCCGUGGCCGUUUAUCUUUCUGCAGCUCUUCAUGUAACACUGGACUGAAAAUGGUUGCAUGUAGAGAGAAAUGAUGCCGUGGCAUUCGCCGUCACACUGCAGGAACCUGGACUCUUGAGCAUCACCAACGGUGCCGAGUUACAAACACAAGACUUUUUAAUCAUUUUUCCUCUGCUGUCCAACACUGGAACACGGUGGAAUUUCCGUUAACGAGGAAGCAGAAACAUUAAUGGCGCACCGAUACAACUUCAUACAGAACUGAAGGAAACCUAAGUGCUUCUUUCAGAGUCUCAGAAUCUAAGAAGCGAUUAUAUUAUUCAUGCUGUUGUCAGUAGUAUACCAUAAUAUGAUAAACUUAAACAUGAAUGUUACAGAAGGGUAUCCAAAAAUAGUCAAAUGAUGGUUUUCUUGCAUCAAACUGAUCAUUUUUCUUUCUGGCAUCGAAUUAUCUUCGAUGCCAUGAUACAUUCACAUGUGAGAGACCUAAAAGUUUAAAGUGCUCAGUUUAAGGCAGCAUUGUUCAUCGUAAAGAAGAAAUGAUUACUCUGUCAAAAAAUUCAGUUUAUUGUGCAGUUUCUGCACAAUAAACAUUAAUGAAGCUGAAAAGGUUAAAAAAAAUUUAAAAAAGCUUUUCAAAUUAGUUAGAGUUUCGGCUUCUCCAGUCUGAAGACUUCCUGCUUUUCUGUAUAUCAUUCUGAACUUAAGUGAGUAGCUUUUAGUUUGUCCAGUGGCUCCAGAUCUCACAGAUCUUUUGAGAUUAAAAUUUAUAAUCCAGUUGAUCCAAAUAAACAACUCAAUAGAGAAUCGUCAUAGCUGUAGCUCUAGUCCGUGACAGCCUGUAAGCUUUUAUUUCAGACUCAAUAAAAAGUUUGUCUUGUGACAUCACAGGAAAGGUUUAGAAAGAAUUCGAAUACCAGGGUUCACACUCCAGGGAGCAGAACAUGAUCCGUGCAUUGCAAUCUGUUGGAUCUCAACAUUUCUGAUGUUUGCAUUAUCCCCAAAGAACAUGAAUGUUCAGGCAUUAUUUCAUAAAAAUCUUCUUGUAGUUGUGAAUCAAACCAUAAUCAUCCUUGAGAUUCAUCCUCUGAAGACCAUGAAUAUCCACAUGGAGUGUAAUAUUGCUCUGUUUGCUACCACUUUAGGGUCAAAGUCACUGCCUGCACUUAGUACUACAUGAGUAUCUGUAUUCAUGCAGUCAGUGUCUACUAUUAUCACCAUGCCUGCUUGCAACUACAUGACACCAAGGUCGCUGCUGACCAUUGUCCAAGGCAGAGUUGUGACUAGACUACAUUCAAUUCGAUGUUUAUAAAAAAGGAUCACCCAGCCUCAUGACUCAUGGAGCUUACAGUGUUGUAAGGUGGGGUGGGUGUGGCUUAGAAGGUCGACCAGGUCAUCUACUAAUUAGAAGGUCGAUGGUUCCAUCCCUAGCUGCUCCAGUCUGCAUGUCAAAGAACUGGUAUAAUUCUGAACCCUGACGUGUGAAUAGAUAGGAAGCACUUAGGCGUGCAGUAAUUGGUGAAUGAGGCUUGUAGUAUAAAGUGCUUUUAGUGCUCAAGGAGAGUAGAAAAGCGCUUAAUAAGUAUGAGGCCAUUUACCAUUUUAAAGCGUGCAGGAAGCAUUACUGAUUUUAUUUGCUUCUUCAGAGGUGAUCAUCAUCAGCAUCACAUCCAUGUCGCACUUCUUACCACUGCUAGCUUGGUCGGCUACAGCGUCGGGAGCUCACUUUUAGAAAGUAUAUGAAUAUAAUCUAAGAUUAAUGAUUUCCAAAAUCUUCACUUAAUCUUUCAAAGCUUAGCAGAGAGCGGAGAUGUUGUUCGCGAUGCCUGUUUUGUUUUUGGAGGCAGUCCCACAAGCACAAAGCAGCUGUAGGCUUCCUGAUGCUGACAGUCCACAGAGUGUUAUGGCUCCUUCAUCCUUUACAGCUGUGGUGGGCUUCAGUGUGUUUGUGGUGACUGUGGUGAAUGUUUCCCUGCUGUUUUUCGAACUUGAAGGAAGAGCUCUCCAGUCUUUGUCGCCGCUCGUUAUUUCCCACCUCUUUACCUUCUCAGUGUGAGGCCGAGCCGUGCGGCGUUUAGCAGAAGUAUUUAUUAAACCUGUUAGCUGUGUGCAGCGGGGGAGGUGGCUGCCAUUUCCUGCAGUGCUGAAGUCGCACAGGAAUGCAGGAUUAAUGACACCUGUACAGGCUCGAGUCCGCUAACACCCUCUCCGCACAGCACAGCACAGCACAGCACAGAAACUCUAAUUACAACCCGAGGCUCGGCAUAUUACCGGCAAUAAUUUGCACCAGUAAAAGUGAGCUGGUUUGGAAGUUCAUUCAUUCCGAGGCUCAUGUUAAUGGCUGCUGAGGAUAAUGUGAGAUUUCACCUGUAGUGAUGCACGCCAGCUGGGAGUGGAUGGAUGAAAGGAAAGGCACAGUGAGAGAGUGUGCUGCAAAAAAUCUCCCGAACAAGUCAUUUAGUCUCACACUGAGCUGGAAAGUCAUAAAAUAAAGCAAAAACUGUGGUGAGAUUAUUUUCAUCCGCGUCCAUCCCUAUCUGGGAUUUACCUGACAGCUUCUCAGGCAACUGAUUAAAACAUUUACAUUUACUCUGAUGUAUAUUUUCAUGAAGGCUUGUAUAACUCCAACCUAGAAUCAAGGUCAGAUGUUGAGUUUUAUUGAAGAGCCAUUUCAGAACAUGCACAUAUUCACCCAUAGAACUACUUCCAGCAAAGUACAACUGAUGGCUGAAAUUAAGCAACAUAUUUUCAGAAAUUACAAGAAAGUCGCUCAAUUUCGUUUCGUUCACUUUUCUCAAGGCCCUCUCUUUUAUUUUUAUUCUUUUUUUAUUCAUGUCCCCAUAUAAACCUACUACCCAUAAACGCAGACAGUAAGAUAGGCAUUAACCAGUCCAUGUGUGAUUGUCAGCUGCAUCGGAAGAAUCCACAGUCUGUGAGACUCUCGGCUAAUAGAAACAUGGCCGCCUCUGUUUGUGUCACCAGAGAGAUAAUCACAUAACACAAAAACUCUGCUUUGCAUUUAGUCUGAACACAACGUAACAUGCACCUUUUUCUUUUUGCAUUUUUGGGCCUGGAGAAGAAAUAGUAAUGCACAUCUACUGGGUGUCCAUAAUUAGAAAUUUCAAAUUAUAAAUCCCUCUGCCUUAACAGCUUCAUUAAAUUAAGACUGUACAGAGAAUAUAACUCUUCAUGUCUUCUAAUAAUUUUUGAAAGGUGCUACAAAAUCUGGUAAUGUUGCAAAGACUGGUUAAAAUGAAAAGUACAUGUGCAGACUCUAUAUCCAAAAAAACUGAUUUUGAUCUGUAAUCUGAAUACCAGCAGAUUUGCCUAACCCACUCGGUUCUGGAAGGAGACAGAUGUCCCUUUGGGCUUCCGUCAGGAAGGGCGUUCAGCAUUAAAAAAAAUCUAACAAAUGAAACGCGCGGAGCUACUCACUGUGACGAGCCAUUGGGAGAAAGAGAACAGCUGACAGUAGCUUUAUCCACAGAUUUGUCAGUCCAUCAAUUAAAAAAGAAAAUGUUCAUUUUAAUUAAAAAAAACCUCUUCAGUUAAUCCUACACAUAUAUGGGACGUAUACAUGACAGAUAUUAAAUUCUGCUAGAAAGUGAAUCUGCCUCAUGUUGUCAUUUCCAGAACUGCUCCCUUCCAGAAAAAGGCAACAGAUUUGUGACUGUCUCACUCACACGAGCACAAAAGUCUUGAUGAGCCUAAAUGACUAGUCAUUAAUGUUUUACAGCAUGUGACAUGAACAUCCUUUUUUCACAAUCAAAGAGGGAACAUCAAAGCGAUGCCAACAAGCUGAGAUGCCAGCGAAGAAAACACGGCAAAUUGGGGCUAUCGGAAGGGUCACGCAGAGGUCGUGUUAUUGUUCUAUUAGGCAAACAGUCGCCUUCACCAAGAGUUUCACAGUGAUUCAUGGCGCUGCCUUUUUGCUGGUGUUUUUGAUGCAUAAUUGCUUCUUAUUUUAGCAUUUAGCAUUUGGUGUAUUGAAGCUCUCCGUGUGGGCUGUGUAUGGUUCAAAGCGAGGUUUCUCCGUUGCCUCGACGAUAUUUGAUUUUUGAUUGAUGCAUCUCCCUCUUAAGAACCUGCACACACGGUCAUUGUGUUCUGCAUAUAAGUCAGCCAUCAUUCAGCCACCAUUCAGUCUUCACUGUGACACAGAUUUAGAGUUCAUAGGCCCCCGCGCCGCUCCUCGCCUUCCCCGUUCUUCCUCGGGUGAUUUAAAGCUCAGAGCUCGGAUUGAUUAUUUACAGGCCAACCUUAGAGGCCCAUGUUGACUUUCCUCCUUCCUUUUCCCCUUGCCACGCUUCAAAUUCAGCGUGAGUGAGUAAUUAUAUUCUUUUCUCUGAUGCUUACCCACAGCCUGGAUGGGCGAUAAACUCCCAAGUGCCCGACGUCUUAUGCUGUGCAAGGCAAAGAUAGGGGAGAGGGGGAGAGGGGGAGAGGUCAUAUAGCAUCGGUAUGACCUCAGCUCUUUCGCAGCAAUUAACCCCAGACAAAGAAAAAUGAACCCUGGUAAUACCUGAUGACCUUUGGUGAACUCUGCUGUCGCUGUUUGCUCUUUAGGCCUCCCGUAGUUUUGCUUGUGCAUUAACGCAAACGCAGGUACUGCUGGCAUGUUUGCACAGUCACAUCAGGCUUACGAUGUUUAUUGCAGGCAUGAAGAAAUGUGUCAGGGCUUGAGCGUUCCUAUAUUAGAGGUCCAAAAGUACGUGGACACGUAAAUGUUCGCGUCUUAUUGUUAAACAUGUGGUUCCAAUAACAACCUCUGGAGCUGAAAAAUGAAGCAAAGUGUGAACUGUCAGAACUCCUAUGUUUACUGCAGCCUUGUGGACAACGUCCUCCAAUUCUAGGGUGAAUUAUUAUUACUAUUAUUAUCAUCAUUAUUUUAAUAUUAUUAUCAUUUUAAAUUCAUAUGGGUGUGUGGCCACUUUGAUUGACCAAAUUAGCCAUUCAGUACCAGCUUGUCCUCACCUUUGUUAAUCUGAGUCGCUAAACUGGACUUCUCAAUUGUAGUUGUGCUGUCGGUGUACUUUGAGCAUUUCUAAUGGGCUUACUGGACAAAUGAAAUAGCUUACAUUGCGAUACAGCCCAUACAAGAAGUCUUUGCUUCCACUGUGUUGUAUGAAUUUCAGUGUUUCAUUUGUAUCUUAGCAGAUGAGUGGGUCUGUGUGUUGAGGUGGAGUGCUAAGUAAUCAGCUUACUAUGAUGCUUCAAAAUGUGGAGCCCACAGCCAAUGGGAGAGGUCAUGGUGGCUACAUCCAUCCAUAUACAGUCGAUUAUAUCAUCAUGGGUACCAGCAGAUUUUGGAACCCAGUAACAGAAAUUUGCAGUUGUUUGGUAACAAAGCCUGUCAUGUGGUCCAGCUUAUCCCAAAGGUGUGAGCUGUGGUUGCGGUCAGGCUCAGGUUACAGCAGAGCGGGAAAACCAGUUUGAGAAAAUCUUUCUUCUUCUGUUCUUUUUUCAAGUAAAGCACAGAGUCAAACUAUGAAGUUCAAAAAAAUCUGAAAAAAUGUUGAUUAGUUCAGAUACAACCAGCCACAUCAUAUACGGAACAGUCAUUUCAGACUUUUUUGCAAUGUUAGGUAAAAACCCCACGUCAAAAGGAGAACCAGCAAGAACUUGGCAACAGUCAGUGUUGGGUGUAACACAUUACUGUAAUCACAUUACAUCUUUCAGUAAUGCAGAAAUGUAAUGUGGGUGUAUGCAGAGUCCAGCCCAGCAGCCAGAGACUGAACGUCAGCAGGUAUCAGAGGCAGUCAGGGUUACACCUCAGUUUCUACCUGUUCAUGUUUCUAAACUAGAAUCAUUGUGGCAAUGGCUUUGAAGUCUCUUUUCAUCUGGUUUCCAUCUUUGCUUUGUGCUGUGUUCAUAUGUAAAUACCGAAGGAUCGUAUAUCCUCAUCAGGAAUAAGGAUUUAUGUCGGUGUGUGGGACUGUAGCGUGAGGUUUACAUUAACCAGUGAUUAUGAGACAAUGUGUUUCAGAUACUCCUGCAUAGUAACAAGAAAUUAAUAAAUGAGUAGUGUAACAAAUUACUUUCUCUGGUGAGCAUACUGCAUUACUUUUAAGAAACAUGACAAGUAAUGUGUAAUGCAUUACUUUUUUAAGUAAAACAGGGUUCCAGUGAGGAAGGAGAAAUUCUUUUUACCAUAAAGACCCCUGAGCCAACAGAGCCAGGCUCAGGGAAAGGCAGCCAUCUGCUGUGACUGGUUUGGUUGUUGAGGGUCUCUGUACUCCUCUUCUGUGUCCUCACAAACAAGACAGUCCUCCAGCAGACUGGGCCUACAGCAGCAUAACUAAGGGAGGGUUUAGGGUCACCUAAUCCAGCUUUAUUAAAAAGGGAUGAUAAUCUGAGCAUCUGACCAUAAGUGUUUGGUCUCUCAAACAAGCACUUCCUGCUCCCUGGUGGAACACGUGAACCCCAAAAUCCACCACCACCCAUCAGCCCCUAGCAGAACUGCACUCACAUCCUGCUGCCUUUAAAUAGAGGGAGCUUUCCUGUUCCAGAAAAAGAGUAUAUCUGUGUUUAUUUCUGAUACUGCCAAAGUAUAGAAUAUUAGAUAUUCCAGAAUAAAUAUAGAUGAUAAAAAUAUUCAGCUGGGCCUGAGAGAAAGAAAUAAAACAGCAAUUUAAUGUAUAAUCUUUUUAUGGUGCUUGAGUCAGCUGCAGUUCGUCCUUUCAGUCAGCAAACACAGACAUGAGGAGCUUUAUAAAAAAAUCUGAUGCGUUAUCAAAUAUAAGCAUCUCUAAGGGAAAGGAUAUUGAUCAGAAACUGUAUUUGACAUUCAUAGCUGAGUGCAACUUAAUGCAUAUGUAUCUACAGUUUUCUUUCCUUUUUCCGCCUUCAUACUUCUGUGCAGCUUUUACUAAUAAAACGCUGCAAGUUUACCUCUCAAAUCAUUCGUGAAAACUGUUUUAGAAUUAAAACGCAGACCUUAAAUUAAAAAUAUGCUUUUUGCCAUUUUAAAAAGGUUUUGGCACCAAAACAAAAAAACAUUGGUUUACCCUUGAUGUAUUAUUAACAGCUAAAGUGCCCUACCAUAGUUUGCUUCUGAAACACUUUAUAGACUGAUUUAUGACUCCAACACAAAACUUCCCAGGAACGGUUUAUUUUUAAAAUACACAUUGGUUUACUACUGACAGGCAUUAUUUAUGUAUGAAAUCCACAGCUGUACUUAACAGAGGAGAAAAGUUUGCUUUCCUAAAACGCAGACUGUGUCUCAAGUCGUCAGACUCUUAAAGCUGAACUUAUUUAUAGUCAUUGCUUAACAAUGACACGAGUCAUUGUGACAUACCUUUGACAUACACGUGUUACCAACUCUCGAGCCUUACUCAUGGUUUUUUUUUGGCGCUCUCACCUGAAGCUUAAAUUCACUUUAAAGAAGCUAAAAAGAAGCAAUCUAAUCUUCCAAGGCUAAGAUAAAGAAGGAUUAUGUUGAACUCUAAAUCAUGAAAAGUCACUCAAAUUUCAACACAAAGAUCAAUAGACAAGCGACAACCAGCUCUUAACUGGAUGCUGUUGCUUUGUACAACAGUCCAGUGUUGUUCAUUAGAUCAGCUUUAGGAGAGUACAGUUUGAGACGCAGUCUGUAGUUCCUACUUUUAAAACGUUUUCAUGAACAGCUCUGAUCCAGCUGUGAAACUCUUUAUGGAUCACGUCUAUAUCUGUGAGUUCAGCUGAACGGUGGAUUCUACAGUUUGAACAAAAGGUGAAUGUUUUUGGUUUGCGAGUUACUCGGUUUUGCAAAAGGUUCACUUUGUUCUAACACACAACGGGAUUGAUUUAAUUCAGCAUUUUUCCCUCCUCGGGCUGACUCUGUCAGCGGUGUCGUGAGUCUGUCGGUAACAUAACGACUCAGUGAAUUCAUCUUUCCUCUCUCUUUCUUCUGUCCACUUAUAUUUAGACCGGAACCACUUUGUGGCUCUCGUGUAAUCAGUGUUUUUAUAUCUGGGGCGUUUGCAUUGAUAAUUGUGUUUAAGUCACAGAAAUAAACGGCAGCUUUCAUCACAUUUAACUCAAAGGGAAACAAGAGACCUCUGUUUAUUUUUGAAAUUCUGCAUAACUGCCACAUCUCUGCUUUGCCUGAUCUAGUUAAGGGUCAGUUUUACGCUCAAUGUUGACUUUUGUAAACAACUUUAAAGAGGCUGAACUAAGUGUACUUGAACCGUCAUGACUUUUACCCACUUUGAGCACCAAAAGCCUGGGUCCUACAUUGAACAUUACUGCAUCAGACUCUAAACUCAUGUUUGAGGUUUAGUUAUUAUUUUUGAUGAAAAGACCAUUUGGCCACCAUUUGAACGCCAUUGUCACCAUGCUAAUUUGAUUUGCGUGACGGUAACCGGUGGAUUCUUUGGCUUGCACUUCUGGAGUGCAGAAGUCUACAGAAUAAAGGCGGGCGAUCACAUGAGAGCUGCAGACGAGUUCCACAUGAAAUCACGUGAUAGACUUUGGAGUGGCUUGCUGUUUUUUGGUUGUGUAUUAUACUGAGGCUGGAGUCUCCGCAGUCGAAGCUUCAGCUGAGCAUGAAACAAACCAACUUUAUAAAUAUUAUACAUUUUUGUUGUUGUCACAGUUGUUUUAUCAAUGUUAUGGAAUCAACACUGCUAUAGACAUACUGUAUGAAUAUAAAUGGUUGUUGCUGUUUUCUUACCAGACGCGGCGUGUAAAUGAUGAUGAUGAUGAUGAUAUCUGUUUUCUGAGCAGGCAGACUGGACUCUGUGUUUUCUAUUUCUUUACUCCAUCUUGACUGAAAACCAGACCCGGCAAGCUGAAUGGAGAAUGUGAAAGUUCAGAGUUAUUUUGCGAUUACACAAUCAAUAAAAUUCAAUGUUGAUUUCCCAAAACAUAAAACAGUUGAUCUCGACAAUAAGACGAGAGCCACGUCUUGGUUUGGGUGAAAUGGAUCUCUUUGGGUGAUGCAACAAAAAAAGGGGAAGAAUACAAAAUUACAGAAUCAUGUUCCUACUUAUCUCACGUAACUACGUCGAUUUUUCUGGUAAUGAUGAGCAAAGGAUGUGACAUCUGGAGAGAAACUAAAGUAAACAGAAUUUCUUGGAGCUCCUAAAGUGCUAAUCUGUGCUUUUUAUGUGUGUUAUUUUGUGUGCUGAAAUUAAAAGGACUUUAAGGGCUCCAUUAAAAUUCUUUGAAGAAAGAAAUUAAUCAGUUUAUAAUCACUUCUUUUGAUGUCAUUUAUGUAUCUCCCAGAGAUAUCUGAUGGUUACAAAAAGAAGAAGAAGAGAAGAAAUCGGGACCGCAAAUCAGCCAGUGAAAAAAUAACUACAACAAGGUUAUUAUCAUCACACAAAGUGAUGUUAGUGGAGAUAACUAUUGUAUAAGGGUUUUUUUUUGUUUUUGUUUUUGUUUUUGUUUUGUUUUUUGAGAAAUGCAAAGUUAUUUAUUCGAGAUGUGGUUGUGAGAAUUGUUUAGGGUCCUGAAAUUAUUUUGUUGUAACCUUGGAGGUAAAAAUCCCAGAAAACAAAUUCUAAACGGUGGCAUUGGGCUUCCUUGUGUGAAGGAUGUUGUAAAGAUUCAUAUUGUUUUAGAAGAGAAGAAAACAGCAGGACAGAACCGCCGAAUCACUUUUCGUCUUUACAGGAAGUCCACGUUUGUAGCCUAAUUGUUGGUUGGUUAUAUUUAUAUAGGAAAAAUGCUAGUGAUGCCUUGUUUUUUGUACAGUUUUAUGUACAUGCAAGUGUAGGUUUUUUUUUUUUUUUAAAAAUGUCAAUAAAAAAAAUAUAUAUAUUCAAACAACAUGAAGGAAGUCUGACCUUGAACCUGUAGGAUUAUAUCGUCUCAAGUACCGUAGGCUCUAUUAAAUGUAGGAGUGAUGCGUCAGGCUCAGAGCGGAGGUUGGCAGUGCGCCUCCUCCAGUCACCCGUCUGCUUUACCGCUUUCUGUUCUCUCAUGUUCAUCUCAGCCGAGUCUUAAGACGAACUGUACAUGAAUUUUUGUUGUUUUCAGUCUUUUAAUUUUCUUGGAGGAAGUUGGGUAAUGUGUUUGUUUGAGCCUCAUCUGUUCUCUUUUGAUCAACAUUCGCAUGUUUGAAUUUGAAAAAAAAAAAAUGUGGUCUUUUAUUUUUGCUGAGCAAAUCAAAGAAAUGAUAUCUUGUAAUUACUCCUUCCUUAUAGCUUUACAAUAAAAUACAUCAGU